CUUCUAUUUCCCAACAAAAGUUCCGAACCGAAACGCAAGGCGGCACUCCGGUUGUUGACCCCGCCCCCGCCGCCGCCGUCGCCGCCGCCGGGUCUCCCUUCUCCUGCUCACAGCUGCUGACGCCCCAUCAGUGUUUUUCAGAACUAUUAUUAAUAUAGCUCUUCCUAGAGCACUGGCAGCAACCGCAUCAUGAAAGGGUCGAGGGAAGGCGAUCCGAUAUGCAUCAGUGACAGCGAAGAAACAGUUCAAAUGGAAACCAAUGGGUUAUCUCUCAAGACUCAGGAAAUCGAGUCAAAAAGAAAGUGGGAGACAGCCGCAGACCUCAGCCGCCGCUUUUGCAGUAACCAACAUGAAAGUCCAUGGGAAGGCGGUACAGCGAAGCACAUCGCAUGCCAUUCCUCUGGGUACCAAGGCCACUCUUAGCGAGAGUGGCCUCCAUGGAAUGAUGGUUCGCUCGCUACCACGCUAGGAGAAGUACUGGACCCCGACAAGUCUAGUCCAAUAUUCAGAGCAUGUAAAACAAAAAACUCAGGGAAGAGAAGGAUAUGCUUUACAUGCCGUGAAGAAGGUCACUAUGACCGUCAGUGUCCUCAAAAGUUAAGAGCUAUGUCUGCCAACCUGUCAAAAGUAGUAGAAGAGUUGCCUCCACGGCAUGAUGGUUCACUCACUACCCCGCUAGGGAGGCAAAGCAGUAACCAACAUAAGAGUCCAUGGGAAGGCAGCACAACAGAGCACAUCGCAUGCCAUUCCUCUGGGUACCAAGGCCAAUAUUCGCAAGAGUGGCUUCUAUGGAAUUAUGGUUUGCUCACUACCUUGCUAGGGUGGCAAAAUGAUUUCCGCUUUUUCAGUAACCAACAUGAAAGUCCUUCGGAAGGCGGCCAAACAGAGCACAUCGCAUGCCAUUCCUCUGGGUACCAAGGCCACUAUUCGCAAGAGUGGCCUCCACGGAAUUAUGGUUCGCUCACUACCUCACUAGGGAGGCAAAAAGAUUUCCACUUUUGCAGUAGUCAACGUGAAAGUCCAUGGGAAGGCGGCAAAACAGAGUAUCAGGACAAAAUGAAUGGGAUAAUCACUUGUUUGGUUUGUGGCAAGGAAGGACAUUACAGUUGUGACUGCCCUUUCAAGGAUCAGGAGCACAAAGUCAUUUGCACAUUCUGUAGCAAAAAUGGCCACUGUAGCAUGUGGUGUUGCCAGCAGAACAAGUCGGAGAGUCGCGCUUGCACCCGCUGUGGAGAGAUAGGGCAUACUGCUAGUACACAUGGUCUCGGUUGCUCAAGCUGUGACGAAUAUCAUCUGGAUGGAGAGUGCCGACUGAGCGAAGUUAAAUGCUUUGUUUGUGAAUGUCAGGAUCAUUAUCUUGCUCAGUGCCCCUUGAAUUUCCAAGGUGCUCUGCGGCUUGCACUAUCAAAACGAGGCAGCACAUCAUCUGCACCUGCCAAGUGUUCCGCAAAAUCAGAAGGAAAAGUACUUAGAGCCGAUGGGUCUAGUCCAAUUUGCUUUACGUGCCGUGAAGAAGGUCACUUUGCCUUUCAGUGUCCUCAGAACAGCCCCAGCAUGUCCGAAGAAUUUGAAGAGAGCAGCACUAUAGCUACAGCCACCAACCUGUCCAAAGAAUUAGAAGGCCAGGACCCUGGUACUGCCAAACAAUCAUCAGAAACGAAGCCGAUAUUGUACGAUCAGUGUUGCCCCUCAAAAGCAAAAGUACUGACCUCCAACAAGUCUAGUCCAAUGGUUAGAACAUGUAAAACAAAAACAGAAGGGGAGAAAAGGAUGUGCUCUACAUGCCGUGAAGAAGGUCACUAUGCCCGUAUGUGUCCGCAGAAGUUCGGAGCUAUAUCUGGCAACACGUCAAAAGAAUUAGAAGAGAGCAGCACUAUAGCUACAUCCUCCAACAUGUCCAAAGUAUUGGAAGAACAUGACCCUGGUACUGCUAAACAUUCAUCAGAUAUGAAGUGGGUUCUUCGAUGUGCUAGCUGUGGUCAGGAAGGGCACAGGGCCAGGAGCUGUCCAACACGUGUGUUUAUAUGCUCCUUAUGCAAUGAAGAAGGCCACAAAGCCAAGAAAUGCCCUCAGAAGCGCCAGAAGCGUUAAGACUGCCGCACCAAAAGCUACCGGUUAAGCAAACAGUGAUACACACCAUACAUAUGUCGUUACAUUUUCAAUCACGCCGAGAAGCAGAUGGGAAAGAGACGUUGACACUAAGAUACAACAAAGGAAGCUCAGUAAGAUACUCGCUGAGCUGAGCCAGACCUCCACCUUUGACCAAGAAGUUGCUGCACAGUUACUAUUUCUUGUGAUACUCAUAGCUGUUGAAGACAUAGUGUUCCCUGUUUCGCUCCACCUGUGUUUCGUCUGCCUGCCCUUCGUGCUCAGUUUCCUCCCAAACCCACGUUGCCUCUGCGCACCUCCGUCGAUUGCCGUCUCCGUGCUCGUUUCCCACAGCCCUCACCCUGAGCAUCACUGUCCAAUCCUCCCCUUGAGUGUCUGCCUCAGGGCUAGGAUGGGACCACCUGACUCAGCCUCCUUCCCUCCGUACGGCUAGAGCAGACGCUCCUGGGCAACGGCCGGCAGAGCGUCGAUGACUGUCGCAACGAGCGGCAGUUAAGGCGAUGUCGGAGGUCCUCACUGAUGGUGUUGAGGCUCGGUCUGGGAUCGUUGUCCAUGAUAAUACCAGAGGACUCGCCCUGCCUGGUGAUGUGUGUGUGCGGUGUCCUUUGUUCGAUUGACGUUUCCGUUGCAGGCAUGCUAUACUCGAUGAACCUUUGGACGACCAUGGAGGUGCAGGCAAAUCCAUGGUGCCAUAUCGGUUCUGCAUGGCGUGCCGCGUGUGGGUCGGUUUCUUGAAAUUCCUAAUUGGCACCCGGUUGUUCUGAGAUAGCACCAGUGCAUCGGAGAUAUUUAAUAUCUACAGUAGUUUUUGAGUUGUAAACUGUCCUGAGCUCGAUGGUUGAACUGGAUGUUUGACAAACUGUGAUGAAUAAUGUUCUUGCUAGCUGCA